UCGGAAUUUUGAUGUCGGUGACCUAAGGUCAGGUCAAUUUCGCGACCUCCCCAUUAUAAGUCAAUGGGGGAAAAAUCAACUCCCUGUUUUUACCACUAAAACGGGUCGGAAUGGCCCCAUAUACCAUACAUGACUUCACAUACGAUCAACCUUCACUACCUUGAGGUCUGUUUUGCUGUUGGGCAGCUGUAAGGUCAUGUGACGUCAUCAAAGGUCACCAAAGGUUUUUUGCCAAUAACUCCUUACAGGAACAAGAUACAGGCGCGCGGAUGGUCUCAUUGUGUUCAGCUCGUCAAGACGCAUCGAAUGAUAUACAUGAUGACCUCGAGGUCACAUGACCUGAGGUCAACCUUUGACCUUGACCUUUCGAGGUCAACAUAUAUAUCAUUCGAUGCGGAUUGACGAGAGGAUCACGAUGAUGCCCUUAGUUUGUUCCUAUCUUGACUACUUCGAAAGUUAUUCGAGAAAAAUCCUCUCCAUAUCUAGCGCCGCCAUUUUGACUUUUUCGACCCCUGUGACGUCAUCUUUGACCUGACCUGAAAAUGACCUUAGUAAAAAUUGUAGACCUUGUCCGUGCGUAUCCGAUGCCGUUUACCGCUUGUCGCUACCUUGCUUCGUUCUCGAGAUCUCAGGGGGGGGCGGUCAUCCGCCCCCCCCCGUCGGUACUAAGUUGGCGCAGACCCCCGUCGGUGCGCGGGUUAACCACAAAAUAGUUUGCCGAUUUUACCUAGCUCCUUAUUUUGGUGUACUCGUAAGGGACUGCAGGUCGGAAAUCGGUAAUUAUACGGUCCCAGCUUUGAAAGUAAGGGCAUGUAAGGGUACCAGCUCUGGAGUCGGGUUAUACGGGUCAUACCUACUGAAUCGGGAUAUAGAGCAAUCUUUUCAUGGUCAUUACAUGAGGAUGCUUAUGAGUGGUUGAUGAGUUACUUAAUGAGUAAGAAUUAAAUUAGUAUGCUGCCAGGAUGCCAGCAAUUAAUAAUACUCAGCUCUCUCCUAAAAUAGUAGCUUGGUAUAUGAAGGCAGGGACUUUUUAGGGACUUUUGGGAGAUAUCGUUUUAAAUGAACAAGUAGAUAAAAGACUCUGAACAUCUAGGCCAUUCAAUUGGAUCUUAAUAUACAUGUAAAACGAAAAAAAUCGGUUUAACGACGGCUAUCUAGUACACAUUUGGUGCACAUCUGGUGCAGAUUAGGUGCAAAUUUAGUCAAAUAAGGUUCAGUGUGUCUCUUAGUAGUGAUCACCUAGGGUUGCACUAAUUGCUUAUAUGCCUGCUUUGUCAUAUUAUCAGAGUAUCAUCGAUUAAAACACGAAAAUAGAUUCAUGGAAUAAAGAUAUUUGCUGUAAAAGAGAUUAGGUGCAGACUUGGUCAAAUAAGGUGCACUCGCCGGAUAGCCCGUCGUGAAAACGACUGAUAAAGGUGCGUUUGUAAAAUGUUACUAUAUACGUAGUGCAAUAACAUACGCAUAAGAAUGGAAUCUCUGCCAUCUGUCGGCUUGUCUUGCUAACAGACCCCACCUUUUGCGUCUCACAGGUCUCCCGUGACCAGCUCGGCUGUGGCAGAGUGUCGUGGAAAACGUUCCUCUUCCGAGAACCAGCCUGGCACGCCACCUCCCAGCAAGAAACCCAGAACGACGGCCGCCUACCGGUGGGAGGGCACUCCAUCACCGCCUCCGAGGACCCGUAUCUGUCGUCUGCGCCCCCGCCGCUCUCUGGCUGCCGUCUUCAGCGCGGUGUCCAAGGAUGGUCCUCCCGUGCCGCUGCUCCGACCCCGGCCCAUCCGCACCCCACUGGACCUGCUGGAGAGCCUGGCGAAGGAGGAGACACACCGGGAGUUCACCACCAGUGGACUGUUUGCCAUCCCGUGUCCGAAGGAGGGGUGCGGCACGGUCUGCCGGGAGCCGAGCCGCCACUGUCCGCGGCCCUACCGCCAGUCCCGGCCGGAACUGUGUCUGCCGGCCGAGGUCCUCCUGCCGCCCGGCGCCGGCGCCGGUCUGGGGGCCGGCCUGGACGGCCUGCGCUGCCCCUCGUGCGGCUGGUGCGUGGCGCUGCGCGUCGGGCCGCUCUGGACGCCGCUGGAGCUGCUGCUCAGCCUGGUCCAGUGGCGCGCCGCCGGCUGGCACCCGGUCCAGUCGGUGGCCGAUCGCGCCAUCCUCUACGUGCUCAUCAAGUAUGUCUACGGUGAGCGCGAGCGGUCAUCCGCCAUGCGAGAGCCCCUCUUCGCUCCGCCUCCCGUCGGCGACUCGGCGUUCUUGCUGUUCGCCGAGGGCGGCGAGGCGGUCGGAUUCGCCACGCUCAAGCGGCGCGGACAGCUACUGAGGCCCGACGCCGGACCGGAGACGUUCGACAUGGACGUGCUCGACUGUGUGUUCGUGCGCCGGUACGCGCGGCGGCUCGGCCAGGCGUCCUCUCUGCUGCUGGAGCUGUGCCGCGCCGGUCAGCUGGGCGUCAGUCACCCCACGCCGGCCAUGGACCACCUGCUGCGCAAGUUUGUGCGCCGUCACGCGUGGUGCCGCCGCGUGCUGCACCAGGUGACGUGGACGGCCGGCGAGGGUCACCGGAGCAGCGUGUGGAGCGCCGUCACCCGAGAGGAGCUGGAGGACGCCGAGGACCUGUACCGGGAGCGGCUGCGGCAGAUCGGAGGACGGGACGGGUCCCCCGAGAGGACGCCCCUGUACCAGCGGCUGUGUCCGUCGUCGUAGGUGACCUGGGUGAUCCCGUGUGGCAGCUCCUGCAUGCAGCGUAAGCAUGCCGGCAUUUGCAACGCAUGCUCUACAUUAAAAGCUUGGUAAGAUGCACAAGGUGCUAUUGCGUGGAAGCAUGUGGCUACCAGCCUUUUAUGUUUUUUUAUGAUUGUCAAUCGUUUGAGCUUGCUUUAGCAAAAUAAUGAGUUUUUGUUUGCAUAGGUAUGUCUACCAAUCAUGGAGCGAUUUGUGUGGUCAUUGUAUUACGCAGCAGUCUGUUCGUCAGUCGGUUUGCCAGUCUGUUAGUCAUUCUGUAAGUCGCUGUCAGAGAGCAAGCCUGUUAGUCAAUUUGCUAGUUUGUCUCUUUUCCAGUUUGUUAGUCAGCAGUGGUGUGAGCCUGCGUGCAAUGCUGCUUGCAUGGCGCUGGUCUGUCAGUUCAGCGUCAUUGUUUUUGCUCAACCUGCAAUACCACUCGUGCAAUGUGUUUGCCAAAGUGUCCAUCUUUUAAUUUUCUUCAGUGAUUUAAUGUGUCUGCAAUACAACGCGCAAUGUCCCUUGA